AGGUAUCGCCUAGCAGAAAGCCAUGGGCAACUUCAAAGGGCAUGCCCUCCCUGGAAGCUUUUUCCUUCUUUUUGGCUUAUGGUGGUCAGUGAAGUAUCCGCUGAAAUACGCCUGUCGAAAAAACAAGAACGUUUGCUACCUUGGUUCCAGGGCAGGAUUUCAGCGCCUGGAGUUUGUCGAGGGGAUCAUCAAAGCUGUUUUUGCCCUGAUUGGAAUGGUGGCUGAGCAGUUUGUUCCUGAUGGACCACAUCUGAAAUUGUAUAAUUAUGAGGAAAAGCAUUGGGAUCACUUGAUGAACUGGCAACACGCCACCAUGUACCUCUUCUACGGCAUUUCAGGGCUGGUUGACAUCGUGGCUCAUGGGACCAACGCACUGCCAGUGGCCAUGGACAGGAUGAUGCUUUCCUUAGCAGUGUUUAUUGAAGGUUUUCUCUUUUGCUACCAUCUUCAUGGGAGAGCCAUGCUGGAUGUUCAUGUUCAUCAGUUGUUGCUAUUUGCUGUCUUUGGAGCUGCUGUUUGCAUAUUUCUGGAAGUCUUCUUCCGCGGCAGUAUUGUGCUAGAGAUGCUCCGUACAAGCCUCUGCUUAUUACAGGGCAGCUGGUUCUGGCAGAUUGGUUUUGUCCUUUAUCCUCCAAAUGGGAGCCCAGAGUGGAAUCAGACAGAUCAUACUAAUAUGAUGUUUCUGACCAUGUGCUAUUGCUGGCAUUAUGCCUUUGCUUUUCUUAUACUUGCAGUGAAUUACACAAUCGUCAGCUGGGCAGUUCGUUCAAGGGUUAAACACUCCCAGUCCAUGGAAAUGGGAUUACUGAAAACAUCUGAACGAGAUCAGGAGUCAGAAGAUGAAAUUUAGUGUGAAUACGGCUUGACUAGUUUACCUGCUCUACCAUUAGGCUAAUUGAUACCUCAUUUCUAGAUUUAUUUGCCAUCUUAUUUAUUCUUCACUACAACUUGCUACACAGAUAUCACCCCCCGGGUACUGUCUACAUCUACACAGUUACAUCCUUCUUUGUGGAGGGUAAGCUUGGUAUUGAUAUGUGGUGGUUGCACUAGUACCUUGCUUUACUCAUGCUUCAGAGAAAACCAGGCUAAUAUUAGAGAGACUUGGUCUGGCUAAGGUGGCAUGAAGUCUCUGUGUUUGCCUCAUUAAAAGCUAAGCAAAAUGUC